AUGAACGCGAAGCGCAAUGCGAAGAUCGUCGCUUCGUCAGGGAUGUACAAGACAUCUCGCAGUCCAAGGAAGAUCGGCUACGUUUCAGGCGGAGCGAUCUGCGAGACCAUCGACAAGGCCGCAACUGAGCAUCAUGGCUUUGCGACAGUCGGCGCUGGCCUGAUCAUCGGCGGAGGCUACGGCUACCUGUCGCCGUCUCACGGAAUCGCUCUCGACAACGUCCUCGAGGUAGGCCACCACUGUCCUCGCUUGGCCGUCAAGGCGAGCAAGAUAGAACCCGAGCUAUUCUGGGGCAUCCGCGGUGGUGGGUCCAACUCCGGUGUCGUCUCUGGUCUCGGUUUCCAGCUCUACGACCAGCGCCGAACCGUCUUCGUUACGUCGCAAUCUACGACCGUCACUGCGGAGUGGUGGGACGACCCGGGCGACAAGUCCUCGCAGAUCCAGACAGCAGUCGUUGGGCCUAAUGGCAAGCCUGUCGUGGCCGCCCCAACCUUCUGCGACGGCUCCGAGGCGGAGGGCCGAGCGUUCUACAAGAUGUUCGUUGGCAUUGAUCCCAUCUGA